AUGAGUGAGAAAACAAUCGAAAUGUCUGCUACCGACAAGGCCAAUUUAACUCAUAGUGAACAACAUUAUUUUGAUUCCUAUGAUCAUUAUGGAAUUCAUGAGGAAAUGUUGCAAGACUCAGUACGUACACUGUCCUACAGAAAUGCUAUUGUGCAAAACAGAGAUCUCUUCAAGGAUAAGAUUGUUUUGGACGUUGGAUGCGGUACUGGUAUCUUGUCAAUGUUUGCCGCUAAGAAUGGUGCCAAACAUGUGAUUGGUGUUGAUAUGUCAAGUAUCAUUGAAAUGGCCCGUGAAAUAGUUGAAUUGAACGGAUUUUCAGAUAAAAUUACCUUAUUACGUGGCAAAUUAGAAGACGUUACACUACCAUACCCGAAGGUUGACAUCAUAAUUUCUGAAUGGAUGGGUUAUUUUUUACUAUAUGAGUCAAUGUUAGAUACUGUAUUGUUUGCCCGUGACCGUUACUUGGUUGAAGGUGGUCUAAUUUUCCCUGACAAGUGUUCUAUACAUAUCGCUGGUCUAGAAGAUGCGCAAUAUAAAGAUGACAAGAUUAAUUAUUGGUAUGAUGUGUAUGGAUUUGAUUAUUCUCCAUUUGUUCCUUUAGUAAUGAAGGAACCUAUUGUCGACACCGUGGAAAGUCAUGUUGUUAACACUACUAGAGCCAAAUUAAUUGAAUUUGAUUUAAAUACUGUUAAUCUAUCGGAUCUUUCAUUCAAUGCUAAAUUCAAGGUAGAGACAAAGAGACAAGAUUGGAUUAAUGGGCUAAUUGCAUGGUUUGAUAUCGAAUUCCCUGCCCCAAAGGGUAAGAAGCCAGUUACUUUCUCCACAGGUGCCCAUUCAGCUUAUACCCAUUGGAAACAAACUGUUUUCUAUUUGACUGAUAAUCUGGAAGCCGAACGAGGCGAUGUUCUAGAGGGUGAAGUAUCAUGCGCUCCUAAUAAGUUUCACAAUAGAGAUCUGGACAUCAGCAUAAAGUACGACUUCAAAGCAAAAGGUGUCGACUCUGAGAGUAGAUCAGUUCAAGGUGAAACUAAGUAUGUGAUGCAUUGA